UGCGCAGUCAGCACAUAACAAUAGUAGUAUCUAUGCUAUCGCUAUAAGCGCUAAGAGGUAUUAUCUGAUCAGAAACUUUAAUAUAGGAGAGGUCGAUCAUGAAUGCUGUAGUUGCACUGUGCCACUUCUGUGAGGUCCACGGCCCUUGUAUACUGUUCUGUACUCAGGCAUUUCACAGUGCUCAUGAUGCCCAGUUGAUGAUGGAUGCAUUGCCUCCUGACAAGAGGCUACCUCACAAUGAUGUAGAUACUCUCCCGUCAAGACCUCCUACUGAUCAGUGUGAGGGCUGCCGCUCUGUAACCAGUGAUCAUCCUGGCUUCAUCUCUUAUGAUGACAAGGCCAUCAUCACUUACAUCAGUGGACAAUAUCCAGAGCAGCCUCAGUUAUACAGUGUGGUGCGUCAAGCGUGUGUGCGUAGUCUCAACUGUGAGGUGUGUCCUGGAAGAGAGGGUCCUAUAGCAUUUGGAGAGGAUGGAGGAUCUCAUGUCCUCUCACACACCUUCAACCUCAAGGAUGCCCAAGCUAGGGGAUUCAGACGAUUAUACAGCUUUAUUGUAGUGAUGAUGGAUCGUGUGUUCCUCAUCAAUUCAUGGCCAUUCCUAGUCAAGCAUUUCAGAGCUCUUAUUGAUGACAUGCAAGCCAAGGCUGACGGUGUGUUUGCUAGUGAGUCAGGCGAUAUCAAAGGAUCUCGAUCACUGCGCUCCAGUCUCUCCAGUCUCUCUGGUCCUGAUCACCUGAGGCGUAUCAGAACAGCACACACUGGACGCUCCCUCGUGGAACUGACAGGAGAUUCUGAUAUAUUCAACUAUUUACACAAAUACUUUGUGUUCCUCUUGAAGGCAGGUGGUCAGAGAGUCACAGAGAGCGUUCUCGAGGGACCUCCUCAGGUGAUGGCGUGUGUUAGCGAGGGAGAACCGUUGUCUAGAGAGGAGCUGUUGAAUAGUUUGGACAAACCACUCACCUCCCGAGAGUUCACUCUCAUCAAAGAACACGACCAACCAUCAUUCCAGAGCCUACGCCAUAUCUUCAAGGUUAUUGGCAAGUCAGAUUUCCUGGAGCUGGCCUAUCAUGUAGUGCGUGGUGAUCAGGUGAUUGUACGAGGCAGUGAUGUAACUACUGUCACCUCUAUUCUCAACAUACUCAAGAAUUUGGUGCCUGAAGCUUGUUGCCGCAUUGUCCCCUUCAGUAGUGUAUAUCAGGAAUCCUUCUCUUGCAACUUCCUUGGUCUAAGUGUGGGGGUUGAGUUACCAGCUCAUGUGGUGGCCUCAGAACACCACAUUCUAUUAGAUAUUUUACCUCCGCUGAGUAGGCAAGCGUCCCCUGGUAAAGAAGACCCUCUAGGGACAUACAAGCUCAUGGUAUACUCAGCACUACCUAGAGUACCUGAACCUAAGUACCCUCAGUAUCUUCAGCGAUUGCUAGGGCUGCUCUCUGGAGAGGUGUUAUCUGAGGCAGUCACUAGCAGAGCUCUAACUAACCUCAAGGAAGAAUGGAUGAAUAAGGUGAAGGUGCUGUACAAGUUCUCACAAAUGGGCUUCCUUGACGUGCCUCAAAAGAAUGAACAUUUGUCUAAAUUACUGAACGAGAUACUUGUAGUGAGUCAGGAGGAGUUGUGUGUACUGCAGUACUGGAGGUCUGCACUGUCCAGGGACUAUAAGGAACACUUGAAAAAUAACAAUAAGUGAUAUUAAUUUUAUGUUCAUCGUUUUAACUCAUCAUCAAUGUGAUAUCUGUAUAAUUGAUAAGAAAUUGUGAAAUUAAAA